AUGUCCCCCGCCCCCACCCUCACACUCUACACAUACUUCCGUUCGUCGGCCGCCACCCGCGUCCGCACCCUCCUCUCACUCCAAGGAACCCCCUACGAGAGCGAGUACAUCCACCUUCUCAAGGGCGACCAGCGCUCGGCCUCGUACACCUCUCUCAACCCCAGCGGCGCUGUUCCCACCCUCAAAGUCUCGGAAAAUGGGGAGGAGUGGUACUUGACCCAAAGUGCGGCGAUUAUGGAAUACCUCGAUGCGGUGUUUGGCCCUUCGUCCAAGUGCGGCUCUCUGAUGCCGGCCUCUGAAAAGGGAAAGGCUUUAGUUAGGAGUAUAAUUGACGUGCUGGUUUGCGAUAUGCAGCCGCUCGCAAAUCUCAAGACACUCCAGAGGGUUAAGGGGAUGGGAGGAGAUAGUGAGGUGUGGGCAAAGGAGGUUAAUGAGGCUGGGCUGCAGGCGCUUGAGGGGUUACUGAAGAAAUACUCGGGGGGAAAGUUUGCGUAUGGCGACAGUCUUACGCUUGCGGAUGUGGCCCUCGCACCGCAGAUGUAUACUUGUCUCCGCUUCGGCGCCAACCUCGCCGAUUACCCCACGUGCGCCGCUGUAUUCAAGCACGUCUCGUCGCUUCCCGAGUUCAUCGCUGCGGACUGGAAGCACCAGCCCGACACGCCCGAGGAGCUUCGAGCGUAA